GUUAAUGUCUGUCACACUCCGUUAUUGCCAUCCAAAAUGGAAUGGGAAACAAUAUUCAAGGUUAAAAAGAACAAUGAAGCAUUUGUAGUAGAAUUCACAGAUUCCACAUGCACAUGUCGAUCAUGGCAGUUGACAGGGAUUCCUUUCCCACAUGCUACUAGAGUCAUGGAAUGUCGCCAAAGUGAAGUGGUGCAGACCGGGUGGGGUGACCCUGAGGGAAGCAAUCAGGAAUCCAAAGAAUUCAUGAGGAUUUUAUGGGAAAUCAACACGGAAAACACCCCACCAGCCAUCAUCAACUUGGCGAGGAAAGUAAAUGGAGGAAUCACAUGACCAUGUCGACCAACUGCCUCUCUCACAAACCAAAAUAUGCUUGUUUGGGUCGGACUCUAGGAAGACAACUAUAUCCAUGUUGAACUCGUGAAAUUCACCGCCCCACAAAUGAGACCCAUUAGAUGUGAUGACAAUAAAUUUCCCAAACUUAG